CUCGAUCAGUCCGAAAGCAGUCAGAAGAGACCGGUCACAUGAUAACAUAUCACACGCAGUCACCUGACCGCCAGUUGGAGAACCAUGACAGCAUGGACGACCUUAUCAAGCACAUUCCUACAUCCAACAAUCCUGGCGGAUCCAAGUGCCGAUCUUUGCUCGUAUCUGAGGCCGUUCAACUGCCGGAAGCAUUCCAUGCCGAGGGCCAAUUGUCUUACAAAUUCCUUGAUUCGAGUCCCUUGGGGUUAGUCAAUUAAGACGCCUCCGGGAAAGAGUAUCACGAUACCCGGAGUAUCUUUCUAUGGGGAUACUAUACCUGAGACCAAAUGGAUAGGAAAUUUUGCUCAAUAUGUGGAAUUCCCAUUCGUUGCGCCUUACGUGAACCCACUGAGGGGAUGGAUUGGGAUGAAGAAGCACGAACCGUAAGAUAUUUUGAUUCACAAAAUACCUCAAUCCUUACCGGGAUUGGAUACCUGAACCCAGUUCAACCUGGAAUAAUCAAGUUCUUUGGACCACAGGAUCCAUCACAAUCAUAUCUAUCCCCUGAUGUUUUACUGGAUUCAUUUAGAAUAAGCUAUGAUGCUGAGGACGAGGCUUAUACCUUCGCAUUCCAUGAAGUCUGCUGGGGUGUCUUGCGGGAAAGGAUAUCUAGUAAUCCCUCGCACGUUAAGUCUCUGGCGACAGCAUUAUCUAACGUACGGUAUUGCUCAAGCAUUAGUCUCCUUCGAUCAGGAAAUGUAUAUGACGAUAAAGCAGAUUCUCUGCGCGAAUUUACUGACCCUUGGCAUGAAAUGAUGCGAAUGGGAUGUACUUAUUUCAUGCACGCACCCUUGAAAUUCGAAAGCGUGGAAGAGAUCCUCUCUUGUUGCUCAAAAGUAGGGCUAAAAACACUGAGGCGCCUUGAAAAAAGAAACGCCUUCUUCACACCGGAAAUUUCCUUAGAUAUCUUUUCCAAGCUACCUAUUGAGAUUGCUCACUUGUUGCUAUCUUCGCUUCCGUCUGUUGAUGUCUGCCACCUGCGCUUAGCAUCCCGAGCGAUUGCUGACAGAUCCCUGACAAAAAACUUGCCACAAUUCUUUUGGAAAAGUCGGUUCCUACCUGAGCUCGAGAUGGGGUUCGCCCUGCCUGAAAACAUUCGCAAAUGCGAGGACUGGCGUGAGCUUUAUUUCCUCCUCAGACAUGAACUAGGUGUCCACCGGGGAUGCGGACGUGUAUCAAAUCGAAGAAGAGUAUGGCAAAGAAUUGGCAAGAAUACCGAGGCCUAUGAGCUGUAUGUACAAGACAUUUGCCUACAGGGUGUGUCAAUGUCUUGGGAUGAUGCUAGGCAGUUUACAGGGACUGGAAAGACUCGACCCGGUAAGCUUAUCAGAACAGAAAUUAUGGAUCAAUACGAUAAACACGUGUAUACCGGCAGUCGUGAACUAUACACUAGGCGUCUUCUGCUUCGGUCAAUGCCUCAAAAAAUCCGCUCAGUUGGUAUUUCUACCUGCAUUUUCAACUCGAGAUUGUACAUCUCGGGUCUUCGCUUGCUCACCCAGGAUGGUGACAAUUCUGCAAUGCUUGUAUCUCACUCUCUAGGUCGUGUGGUAACGUCUACUGAGCAUCAGUUACAACUUUUGCCAAAGGAGAGCUUCGCUGGAUUUGAAUUGGCAACUUGCGAAACCGGAAUUGUCGGUAUGCGACUAAUCGUGGAGGUUGGCUCUCGCAGAUAUCCUUCUGCAUGGGUAGGGAGAGAUGGAAGUAUAGACCGAGACAUCGCAUUCGGAUAUUUGCCUGUGGAAAAUGAUCAAUAUUUUAUCGACUUGGCUGCUGGUUUUGAUGCUUUCAAGAUGAUUGCGCUUGCGAUGGUUGAGACCCAGAGCUUCUUCGACAUACCCGAUGCUCAUACAUCAGCCCCAGAAAGCCUUGAUAUGAAAGGUCUCAUUCUGCAACCACUAUGGAUGCCAUGCCAGCCCGCAAAAACGGUCCUGCUUGUCCCCCAACCUGUCUUUCCUAGCCGUCAAAAAUAUAAUGUAAUCCUGAAUAUUGAUUUUGGGUCGACUGGGGUUUAUAAUUUGGACAAGCUCACGCGAAUAGUUGCACAUCUGGGCGACAGCCAGCCUGUAUUCACCGGCCUAAUGUUUGAAUAUGAUCUAAAUGAACCGUGUCUACUAUUUGGAAAACGAAGUGACAUUGAGAUUUCUUUCCUUAUUGACGGGCCCGGAGGCGAAAGAAUCUCGCGAGUUACAUGUGAACAACCCGAUCAUGAGAAAGCUUCUUUUUGGACAGGCAUUUGGUCUAUUGAGUUCUAUACCAAUUUUAGAAGACAUAUCAAACUUAAGCCCAGUGGGCCUCCAUCGGUUCCUGAAGGCUCGCCAUCUUUGGACCAGUUGUUCACCAAACACACACUGCUAGCCCCAGAAGGGCAGGUUAUAACGGGACUCACGUCAAUUAUAGAUGUCAGGAGGAAUGGCUUCCAAACCCUUGGGUUGCAGUGCAGUCGUCUAUCAAAAGCACAGACUGGUGAUCGAAAAAUCAUUAAAAAUGCUCUUAAAUCUGCCGCUGAAAUAUGUCUCUCAGAUGAUAUCACUUCCUUAGGGGACAGGGGACAUAGGCAUUGCGUGGGCUAUACACACGCUUCUCUGGAUAAUGUCAAGUGUAUUCGCUUCUCGUCUGGAAUACUGACCCAUCCUCGAGAACCAAAAGAAAUAUCAGGACUAUGGCUGGAGUAUUUUGACUCGCGGCCCUCUGAAAUUGUAGGCCAAUGGUUCAAAGAAGUUGAUUCGAUGUGCCUCCAACCGGGCGAGAAGGUCAUCGAAUUAUCCAUAAAAUUAGUCACGCAUCCAAGAUACAUUUCCAUCAGUGAUACUAUUAGGGUUGUGAGUGUGUCGAUUUUGACAUCUCACAUGCAGUCAAAGACAGCCCAAACAAUGGAAUCCACCCCCAGUGAGGGAUACAUCCAAAUGAAAGCCCGGUCAAACAGACUUGAAGAACUGUCUGGGCUUGCUUGGGUGUUCAAUACUAAACAUGAUCACCCUCGAGUUGUACUGUCCUCAACCACAGACCUGGAACACAUUUCGCUCUGGGACCCAACUAUAUCUUGUGAAAAGCCUCAACUAAGGGCCCCGGAGAGAGUCUUAUGGCAAGAGGCUGACCAAAAUGGCCAACCUGAUCCGGUUGUCAGCGUCUCCGCACGUCGAAGUUUCAUCUACACCGUCAAAUACAUCACAGGUCUAGUAUUCACCUACAGAUCCGGUGCUACCCGCACUAUUGGUUUAACGGAUGGAGACGCCGGUCGGGAAGUGUCACUGGAAGAUUAUAAGAAGCUUUCCAACCUGAACCUUACCCAAGGUGAGCGUGGUCUGCUGGAAGUAUCCUUUGGCUUCCCGGGUUUGACCGGUGAAGAUUCUCGUACAACUUUCCACCAAUUAGCUGGUAGCGACCUGGAUAUACCGGAUGGCAGAGGCUACUUGGAACAUCAUUACAUCGAUCUUUACUCGAAACACAAAUCACAUUUGAUCGGCCUCGGCAGUGGGCGAAUCUCAUUCAACGACAUGCCGAAAAAAGAGUUACUCGGACUGUGGGGUUAUAUCAUAGAUGAUAAUCUGACCAUGGGCCUAAUAUACUCUGACAAACCUCGAUCAGAUAUGGCCUCUUAAAGACAUCAAUUCGAUCCAGAAUGAGAAUAUCUGCCGCUUAAGCUGUUUGGGAUUCAGCGAACCGAGAGAU